GAGGAUUCCUCCCUCCAUCCUCCGGGCAAUGACAACGGUCUCGGCAACCCCGCAGCAGAUGAGGGACCGGCUGCUGCAGGCCAUCGACAGUCAGAGCAAUAUAUGCAAUAUGGUGGUUGUACUUGAGGUGAUUACCUGUCUGGAGAAGUAUCCUAUCACCAAAGAAGCACUUGAGGAAACCCGACUCGGAAAGCUGAUCAACGAUGUGAGGAAGAAGACCAAGGAUGAAGACCUCGCCAAGCGGGCCAAGAAGCUCUUGCGAAACUGGCAAAAGCUGAUCGAACCUGGGCCCGCGGUCGCGUUGACGGCUCCCGGUUCCACCAACGGCAGCUCUCACCCCUGCAGGACGGAAGCCUCCCCGCCCGAAAUCUCUUUGUCGGUGAAGGGCGUCCCCGAAGUCAAAGUCAGAAAUGACGUUCACAACACGUACUCUCCAAAGGCUGAGAAAUCAAGCAGUCGCAAGCGCCGGGCCGAGCACAGAGACAGUGGUGUGCAUUUACCGGAAAAAAUCUCCAAGUUUUCAUCUUACGAUAACGCCGUUUCACCGCCGCCCACUAAUGGGAUCGCGGGAAGCCCCGACACCCUGCCCGAACAGGACGUCGUCCCGUCUCCCGAUCGAUCUCGAAUAGAGCACCUUGACAAUGAUAAAAUCAACAGAAUUCCAGUAAACGCCGUCAAGCCUCGUCCCAGCUCCCCCGGAGUGGCCAAACUCCCUAGCACUUCAUCUUUAAUCAAGGUUGCUGUUAUGCAACAGCAAGCGAGAAUGGAUGAUGGUGGUGGCGGAGGGGGACAUUAUCAAGCCAGAAGUCCCCGUGGCCUUUCCACCAGUCCAAGGAGCACAAAACACGACUCCUCGGCUAAGCGCUCUGCGACACAUGCACAAAUGCUAACGUCUGUCCCCAGCCCUUCGCUCAGAGAUUCGCCCUUGCCUUUGCCCCAGCCUGCGACCCCCCCGGCUCAAAGUGCUCAUUCUUCCCAUAGGUCCACAAUGCACUGGGCCACCUCCUCGGACAUCCCCUCUCCUUGCCCCCCACAAGACUUAUCCAUGACACUGGAUUCUCCCUCUGUUUCCCCCGCGCCCCCUCCUCGGCCGCAACAUAACUCUGAACUCCACCGGCCCACGUCAGAAGCAACCACGACUGUCUGGGACGACACGGACGCCCCGCCGAUUUCCGCCUCGGAGUACAAGAGAAGGAAGUACCGCUCGAGAGACUACUCCGUCAACUUAGACGGCCAGAGACUAGAGGACACCACUAAGCCAGUACGAUUAAAAGAACGCAGGCUAACGUUCGACCCUGCCACGGGUCAGAUCAAGCCCCUAAUCCAUAAAGAACCUUCUCAGUCUGAGGAGCCCCCUACUCCUGAGCCCAUCGAGCCCCAGCAGAGAACUGAAGUCAAUGCGCUGCAGGCCACGGCGCCGGGACCCAACCCUAAUCCUUUUCACCAGACGAACUGGAAGGAGCUGUCCAGAAAUGAAAUCAUUCAGUCCUACUUGAACCUUCAGAGCAAUGUGCUCACCUCGUCCGGGGUCCAAGCCCCGAGCACACACUUUUUCAUGUCCCAGUAUCUGAAAAGGGAAGAGCAGGAAGUGAAAGAGUCGAGGCAAAUGCACGUUUUGCGGACGGACAGUACGGCAGCUGAUUUACCCGGCGUGAGUCGGGAAGUCAAUGAUGAGGACUUGGACAGAAUACACAACCUGCGUUGGCCCGGGGUCAAUGGGUGUUUGGACACCAAGGACACAUGGUAUGAUUGGACAGAGUGCAUAUCGUUGGACCCUCAUGGGGAUGAAAGCAAGCUGAAUAUCCUGCCGUACGUUUGCCUCGACUGA